UGGCAAAUUGCCAGCCGGUUGUGUCUCUUCUCCUUUUCCUUCACUCCGAUCGUGGAUGUGAGUUGUGAGGCAAGAGCAUCUGCUGAAUACAGUCGAAGAUGUUCCCGCAACUUGGCGCCACCGCGGACACGCUGAGCAAGGCGUCGACUAUGGUGUUCCGAAUCGGCACUGAUGCGCACCUUUAUGACGAUCCCGACGAUGUCAACAUUGUGCCACUUCUCGACAGCAAAUUUGACUCCGAAAAAUGCGAAGCUCUCAAGCGUCUCCUCGCUCUCAUCGCCCAAGGAAUGGACGUCUCCAAUUUCUUUCCGCAGGUUGUUAAAAAUGUGGCAUCUCAGUCACUGGAAGUAAAGAAGCUGGUUUACCUAUACCUCCUACACUAUGCAGAAAAACGUCCAAAUGAAGCAUUAUUAUCAAUAAAUUAUUUCCAGAAGGACCUAGGCGACCCAAAUCCAUUAGUGCGGGCAUGGGCUCUUCGUACUAUGGCGGGGAUUAGAUUACAUGUGAUUGCUCCUCUGGUUCUGGUAGCAGUUGGGAAAUGUGCUAGAGAUCCAUCUGUAUAUGUUAGGAAAUGUGCAGCCAAUUCUCUUCCCAAGCUGCAUGACUUGCACUUGGAAGAAGUAUUGACAACAAUUGAAGAGACUAUUGGAAUACUUCUAAAUGACAAUUCACCUGGGGUUGUUGGAGCUGCUGCUGCUGCAUUUUCUUCUGUUUGUCCAAAUAACUUGUCUUUGGUUGGAAGAAAUUAUAGGAAAUUGUGUGAGACUCUUCCUGACGUGGAAGAGUGGGGACAGAUUAUAUUGAUGGAGAUCCUGCUCCGCUACUUGAUUGCAAAACAUGGGCUUGUUAAAGAGUCCAUUAUGUUUUCCUCUUGCUCAACUGAGAAUGUGAAGGAUGAUUCAGACGGAAACUCUGUAUACAAGGAAAACAGUGAUGAUGCAGGUGAUGGGUUAUUUCGAUCUGAAUUAGAAAUGGUUGCUAAGAGUUAUCUUGAAGGGCCUGAGAAAUAUUUGUCAAGGUCAGAUUACAGAGACAAUAAUUCUUUUCUUAUGGACAUUUCACAUUUUACAUCUGCCAAAGACAAUGAUGAUGUGAAGAUCCUGCUGCAUAGUACUACACCCUUGCUAUGGAGUCAAAACAGUGCAGUUGUACUUGCUGCAGCUGGGUUGCACUGGAUUAUGGCGCCAAUGGAGGAUGUUAAGAGGAUUGUCAAACCACUUCUGUUUGUGCUGAGAUCAUCUAGUGCUUCAAGAUAUGUGGUCCUUGGAAACAUCCUAGUGUUCGCUAAAUCAAUGCCUUCUCUCUUUGCUCCAUAUUUUGAAGAUUUCUUUGUAACUUCUUCGGAUCCGUAUCAAAUAAAAGCUCUGAAGCUUGAAAUUCUCUCUUUAAUUGCUACAUAUUCAACGUUUUCAACAAUUUUGCAAGAAUUCCAGGAUUAUAUCAGAGAUCCAAACAGGAGGUUUGCUGCGGAUACAGUUGCCACAAUUGGUUUAUGUGCACAACGACUUCCAAAUGUAGCAGCUUUGUGCUUAGAAGGGUUGCUUGCUCUUACUGGACAAGAAUCUCAGAAUAAUGAAAUGGACGGUGAAGGUUGUGUUUUGGUUCAAGCACUAGCUUCUAUUAAGCAGAUUAUAAACCUUGAUCCACCUAGUCAUGAGAAGGUAGUUAUUCAAUUGGUACGAAGUUUGGACACAAUCAAGGUGCCCCAAGCCCGUGCAAUGAUUACCUGGAUGGCUGGAGAAUACUCCUCUGUUGGGAGCUUUAUCCCUAGGGCGUUGAUGACAGUGCUUCAGUACCUUGCUUGGUGUUUUCCUUCAGAAUCACUUGAAAUGAAGCUCCAGAUUCUAAAUACUGCUGCUAAGGUACAAGUCAAUGCAGAAGAUGAAGAUAUCAGGACACAUAAUAAAAUCUUAAGCUAUGUGCUUGAACUAGCCAAAUAUGAUUCAAGCUAUGAUGUUCGUGAUCGAGCUCGUGUUCUGAAGAAACUUCUUCCAUGCAAUGUGAGCUCUGAUUACAUGAAGGAAGAAGCUAACUACUUGCCCCACAAUAGGAGUGUACAAUUGGCAGAAUGCUUAUUUAAACGAGGAGCAAAACAACAAGCUAAGCCCAAUGAUGGUCGAUUUUAUCUUCCUGGAUCCCUUUCCCAUUUAGUUCUUCAUGCAGCCCCAGGAUAUGAACCUCUACCUAGCCCCUGUAGUUUGGUUAGUGGAGAUCUUGCUCAUGAUUCUAAUCAUGUUCACGUAGAAGCAAGGGGUGGAGCAACUGAUAGUGAUUUAUACGAGUAUGGCCUUGAUAGAUCCGAUGAGGAAAGUAUUUCAGGAUCUCAAGAUAUUGCUACAGAUUCAGAUGGCAGUGAUAACAGUUAUAGUAUGUCAGAUAGUGAAAUUGAGGAUGGUGCUGAACCGUUGAUUCAUUUAUCUGAUACUGGCAAUGCUAAUCUAAAUCAUGGAGGUUCAGGGGAAGACUCUUUAAUGGGGUUGGAUAAUUUUGGUAAACUGAUGUCUGGAAAGGCUCUUGAAUCAUGGUUAGAUGACAAUCCGUCCCAGAGUUCGUCUCAAGUUAGACAAGCUGGGGGCUAUUCAGCUAGAAUACUUAUGGGAGAUCUUGGUAGCAAAGUCAAACCUAAAACAUAUACACUCUUGGAUGCUGCAAAUGGAAAUGGAUUGAAUAUAGAUUACACCUUCUCUUCUGAGAUUUCAAGCAUAUCUAAACUGCUUGUCUGUAUUGAAGUUUCGUUCACUAAUCGUUCUACUGAGUCUAUGUUUAAACUAUCAUUGCAUGAAGAAGAAUCAAAUAAAGGCCUAGAGUCUGCAGAAGGAGCAUCUGGAACAUCUGAAAGAGAUGUACCUACUCUUGUUCCUAUGGAAGAGAUUGAUUCCUUGGAGGUUGGUCAGACAAUAAAGAGAGUUAUCCAGGUUCAGUUCCAUCACCAUCUUUUGCCUCUGAAGCUUGUCUUAUGGUACAACAGUCAAAAGCAGUCAGUGAAAUUGCGGCCUGAUAUUGGGUAUUUUGUGAAACCUUUUCCAAUGGAUGGUAAAAUCUUCACAAAUAAGGAAUCUCAACUUCCUGGAAUGUUUGAAUAUAUAAGGAGCUGUACCUUCAAUGACCAUAUUGUGGAACUGAAUAAUGAGGAAACUGGUCCUUCUUCAAAGGACAAGGACAAAUUCCUGGUAAUAUCUGAAAGCAUAGCAUUGAAAAUUCUGAGCAACGCCAAUCUAUUUCUCGUAUCUGUGGAUAUGCCUGUUGCUGGGAAUCUUGAAGAUGCUUCAGGCUUGUGCUUACGAUUCAGUGGCGAGAUCCUGAGCAGCUCAACCCUUUGCUUAAUCUCCCUAACUGUCGGAGGUAAAUGCUGUGAACCAUUGACUAUAAGUGUGAAAAUCAACUGUGAAGAAACUGUUUUCGGUUUAAAUCUCUUGAACAGAAUUAUCAACUUUCUAGCUGAGCCUCCUACUAUGAGAUCUUAAUUGACAUACUUAGUGAGUGAAACUUUUAGUUGCUAAGGUUAUAGUGGCUUUGUGUGUUUUAUGUUUAUUUCUGAACUUCCUCAAAUCUGUUCUUUAAAAGGGACAACAAAAAGGUUCAAUUAUUAUUUGAGAGCCACAAUGAUUUUUUUUUUUAUUUAUCAACUAUGUCGUGUAAAGAGAGAGAUGUGAAACUAAACUAAAAUAAUUUGGCUAAAGCUUGAGAAAGUGUUGUAU